AUGGGGUCUGACGUGGCAAAGAGAACUUCUGAGGCAGCAGAAACAGCAGGACGGAGAAAUAGAGGCGUUUUCCCUGUGAGGCAGGUGUUUGCAGUCAGUGCAGGUGCCAGCAGACGAGGAAAAGAGGCAGUGACACAGGGAGAGGGCCCAGCAUGCUUGCGCAGGCCCCGUUGUUUCUGUCGCUUGGGGGUGGGGGGAGAGGUAGGAGGGGUGGAAGGGGGGAGAGGCCCCAAGUGGCGUGAGUCGCUGGAAGUUCAAGCAGCGCUAGAAGAAGGCUGCGAAACUCGCGCCUCGCGCGUAGUCUUGCGGCUUGCCGCACAGUGCGAGCGGCAGGGAGUGUCGCAACCCCCGGCUUUCGGCCCGCAGCCGGCCGGCCUCGUCGGGGAAGGAGGGGACCGUCGAGGGGGGCCCCCUGCCCCCCUUGAGGAGACACUUCUUGCUCGAGGACGGGCAGUUCUUCUGUGUAUGCGCAUGUGUAGAUAUUUCUCUUCGCGUUUUCGGAGUGGAGAGCGUGACGCACGACAUUUGUUGAGCCGCCAGCCGCUCAGUUUUCGACCAGCGCGCGUGAGGCCCCCCGCCUGCGCCUGCGGCUCCCCAGGGGGCCCCCGAGUGGGCGGAGGGCCCUGGCCUUGUCGGCAUUCCUUGCCUUCGUACUGCAUGCUGCCUUCGAAGGGAGCGCGGCUGGAGGCGCUUGCACCGUUCCUGAGCCGAGAAGCUGGGGAAAAGAAGACCCCUCUAAAGGGCCUGCCUCCCCGGGGGCCCCCCUUCACCCCAGUCGAGUCUCCUCGGCAAGCUGCUGCGGGGGCCCCUGAGGAGGCCCUGGGUACUCUCGUUGGGGAGAAACACGGGGUGGCGGCAGAGGCUUCAGCACUUAGGGAUACUCCAGGUGCGAGAGCCGAUGCAAGCAGCAGCAGUCUCCCCCCCCCCUCGAGCAGAAAGGGAGACAGUCAACGCGGCCUUCGUAGUGGCACGAGCAGCAACCACACGGACGAAAGUAGUGGAGAAGAACGCUUUCCUCCAGAGUCGGAGCCGCUACCACUCAAAAGCCGCAAAAAAGCAGCGCCUGCUGAUCCUGAGACCUCUACUGAUGUUGCCUCUACUGAUGUUGCCUCUACUGACGUUGCCUCUACUGACGUUGCCUCUACUGAUGUUGCAUCUACUGAUGUUGCAUCUACUGAUGUUGCAUCUACUGAUGUUGCAUCUACUGAUGUUGCGUCUUCUGAUGUUGCAUCUACUGAUGCUGCGUCUUCUGAUGUUGCAUCUACUGACGUUGCAUCUACUGAUGUUACAUCUACUGAUGUUGCGUCUUCUGAUGUUGCCUCUACUGAUGCUGCGUCUUCUGAUGUUGCAUCUACUGAUGUUGCGUCUUCUGAUGUUGCGUCUUCUGAUUCCGCAACUGCGCAAAGUGAAAGCCGAAGAAAAACGCCGCCGUCGGUAAAGCAACACCAGCAAGCCGAGGAGCUCUCAAGACAGUCUGCGGAAGAAGAAGAAGGAUGCCGUGAGGAGGCCUUCUUGCAAUCAGGUCGCACUGAAGCGGAGGGACCAGCGCCUCUGUUGGGAGCAGCUGCUCAGGAUGUGGAUCCUAUAGCCGUACAGGAAGCUGCGUCUUUAGAGGCAGAUGCAGCGUCCGCUGGAGUAUCUAUUGCUGCCCUCCAUGCAGUCCUGCCGCUUUCUCGCCUCACCCUCGCCACGUCUUUCACCCCCAAGACGCACAGCCACAAGGACGGAUGCAGCAGCGACAAGCGCUCUCUCCUUUCCCUCUGCCUCCCUGGGCAGUCUGAGUUUUUGCAAGGCCAAGCUCUGCUGUCUCCUCCUGUGAGCUGCGCAGUUGCAGACCUGAGGGAGGCUCGCCGCAAGCGCAUAAAGGACCGCGCCAAGUUUUUCUCGUGGAAGGAGAAAAUCGCUGAAGUGCAGCGGAGACGCAUUGGAGUGUCUCUAGCGAUGCUUGCAGACCCAAACGAUCGUUUCAAGCCGCUUGACCUCGAAGGGGAAGCUCGAGAGGCGUCUGAGAAGGAGCGCUCAAGGCUGCUGCAGCUGCAGCAAAGGCUGAGGAAGCAGCGCAGAUGGUGGAUCCCCACUCGCACGAUCAAGCAGCGAAUGGCUGCAAGGGCAGCCGCAAGGCGGCAGGCCCGCCGGCUCGCUCGACAGCAAGCGACUGCUGCAAGGCGUAGAGAAGAAAAGCGUAGGCAGGAAGCGCAGCAGCACCAGCUGGAGAGUGGCGGGCAGGAAGACGCCACGCAGGCAAAAGCGACGACUGCAGCAGCAGAAGAACUCGCAACAAUAAGUGCUGCCGCGCUGUCACAAGAGCAGAAAGAAACAAUCAUUCGCAACCGGCUGAGGCAUCAACGGAAAAUCUUAGGUCUCCCUCCCGCUUUAGCCUCAGACAACUCUCUCAGCGGCUCUCAAGCGGAGGCAGCAGAGAACUUUUUCGUGAAGGAAUCUGUGCGCAUUGCGGACGCCAUUCAAGAAAUUUCCGAGGAGAUGGAGAGGGCAAGCAUAGAGGUGUACGCCGAGCUCAAGGCGAUCGAAGAUGACCCUUCUCUUAGUUUUGACGAAAAAAACCACGUGGCCUUAGAGCCUCGUCGGAGGCUUCGGGCUAUCCAGGAGCCUUUCAUGAAGCGCCAACUGCCGCUGCUUUACCGCUCCCACCUUCUUAUGGGUCUCCCAGGCCCCCCAGCCUACACCUACAAGAACCCCCUGCUGCCUCCUGAUGCUCAAGAAAGCCCUGAGGCUCCUGCCCCCUUCGUGAAGCCAUCGCGGCCUCUUAGCAGAGCGUGGAAGUCCCCAGACUGCGACUUUCCUCUGUUCCCCUUCUACGCUCAAACCCCUCAGCAGCAGCAGCAGCAGCAGCAGCAGCAGCAGCAACAGGCGCAGCAACAGCAGCCCUUCAUGCGAGGGAAACGGCCCGCUGUCGACCCCCCGAAGCCGUCGGACUUGAAAGCCUCUGUCGCAGGCCCCCAGCUCGCAGCAGCUGCUGCAGCAGCAGCUCGCGUGGCGCAGCAGCAGCACCUUCCCCCCCCGCCCCCCCCCUUGCCACAGAUCGAAACAAUGGAAGCCCUUGUGUGGGACUUACGCGUGAGAAAGGCGUGGCGGCAGGCCUUCUACGUCCAGCAGCCAGGAAGCAGAGACAGUCCGGAAAAAGCGGAGGCGCCGCCUUCAGGGCAGCAAGAAGGCUGCAGUAAUAGUGGCGGGGGAGAUUGUUCUGAGGCACUAUUGACAACGGUUUACGGGCGGAAUACUGCGGAAGCUCUCCGCAAUCCGGAGGGCAGCGUUACGCACGAAUGGAGGUUCUCUCAGCUCGGAGCUAACCGCCGCGUAGGAGAGUUUACUUUCGGGCCAGGCACCCUCAUGCGCACCAAGCAGAAGGAAGCCAAACGGCUAGGACGUGGAGACGGCAGCGGCAAGGGAGGCUCAUCAGGCAGGGGCUGCAAGGGACAGAAGGCGCGUAGUGGAGGCUCGAUAAGGAUUGGCUUCGAGGGGGGGCAGAUGCCGCUGUACCGGCGCCUGCCGAAGUUCGUGGGAAGACAGUUGGGAACAGGGCAUCGCAAGAAGUAUCGGCAGCACCCCUUCCAGCUACUGCCUCUUCACAAGCUGAACGCAUGCAAGGAGGGCGAGACAGUGGACUGGGCCUCCCUAGCCUCGAAGGGCGUCUUUCUAGGCAAAUACGCCAGAGACUGUCCAGUGAAGGUUGUGGGGCCUCCGCUCAGUCGCAAGCGGCUGGGGGCUGCUGCAGACGGCUCUCUUAAAGUCGGGGGAUUGCAGGUCAAGGCGCAUGCCUUCACGCGCGCAGCCGCGCGCGCCAUCAUAAAGCUGGGAGGCCGUUGUCUCGUGCUGCAACCCAAGACGCAAGAUCGCAUUGUUGCUGUGUUCGACCCUGACGCGGCCUCGCUCGCUGACAGUCCAGCGGCAGAUCGAGAUUCUGUGCCAUCCGCCACCCCUUCGGCUUCUGCCGCGGAGGGCAGCACGGACGCCGUAGCAGAUGAUGAGCACAUGCAUACGUACAAGCUGCAAAGGGCGGCAGGGAUGUCUCUGCAGCAGAUUCUCCAGCUGCGACAUCGUGUGUUGCACCUGCAGCUGCAGCGGGCCCGGGAACGCGUGGAAGAGUGCACCGGUAAGUUGCAGCGCAGUCCCCACAAGAAGAAAUUCGAAAGAAGGCUAGAAAACCUCACGGCACGGGUUGUCAAGCUGGAGCAGAUGCUUCGCGAGGUCGAGGCCGAUCUUCGCACAGCCCAGGCAGCCAAACUCGUCGCCACUGCCAGCUCUGCUGAGCAGCAGCAGCCGCUCCAGCCCAAGGAGGAGGACGGCAGGCUGCAGGAAGACGAAGAGAGCCCUCCCUUGCCAACCCUGCGGCGAAUCCCCCGCCGCAUUGCACACCAGGGUCGCCUACCUAAGAGGCAGCGUGACUUCCUGAGGGCAGCAUCAGCGUCUGCAUCCGCAGCAUCUACAGCGGCAGCAGCAAGCGCUGCUGAAGUUGCAGCAGCAACAGCAGCAGCAGGAAGCGCAUCAGGGGGAGUCGCCACACCAGUGGCGACGUGCGCAGAUUUCUCCUCCUCCUGCGCAGCAGCAGCAGCAGCAGCAGCAGCUUAUAGGAGGCCCCGUGCUGUUUUGCCACGGCAAGGAGGCAGACGCGCUUGA